AUGGCGCUCGUAAUGUUACCCUGUGAUCUUCCCUGGUGGACGUCAGUGCAGCGGCACUUAAAGCAUCUGCUUCUUACAUCUUCACCCGUUAAACUUUCUGCUAGCAUGUUGAAAAUACAUGACAUGUGCAACAUAGGCAUAGAUCCUGACGACGACAUCAAAGAUCCCGAGUUGCUAAAAGGCCUAGAACAAUUCUUGGAAGAGGAGAUGACAGAAGAAGAACGGAGGCAUUUUCUCGAUAACACUAUAAGGAUAAUGGUGAACAAGGCACUUUAUCUUAAACGCUGGCGACCACCUAAAGGUCUCAUGUUCAGCUUACAGCAACAAAGUGACGUGACAGAACUAGAAUAUAACUUUGUGGCUUCGAUGAUCGCGCACGCGUUCUUCUCCACGUAUCCCAAGCGGACGCUCAAGACACAUCCCACGUUACAAGACUUCAACUUUACACAUUUUUUUAAGAAUUUACACAGAAAAUCACAAAGAAACAAAUUAAAAAGCUUACUCUACUACUUCGAGUGGUUAGAUAAAAGUAGCAACGAGGGAUCUAUUAAGUUAAGCAGACAGGUGAUGUCGUCAAAACAAUGGUUAACGAUAGAGGACUGGUUAGAGUGUAGUCUGCCUCUGUGCAAGUUGCUGGUGAGGCACGAGGGUCGCCCGGAGCGGUGUGAGAAUGAUGACGCUAUCAGAGUGUGCUUCGCUUCUAGCAGAGUUGGCGGAGACACGCUUAUAGAUGGAGAAUCACAGGAAUCUCUGUCUAUGUUUAUGAUGCCGGAGCUCUUACCGGCGAUGUUGUCGGUAGAAGCGCUUGAAGACAAUGAGGUGUUGAAAGUGGAAGGAGUUAGAUUGUUUAGCAGAAUUUGCGAUAAGAGACAGAAAACAAAAAUCGAAUUACUAGACGAACCUAAAACAGUGACAGUGUGUCUCAUGGAUGCAGAAGACUACAGCAAACUUCCGCUUGGCCAGUGGGAAGAAGACAACGUGCUGCGAGAACUCAACAAGUGUCUUCUCGCAUUCCAGCAAACGCCCAUGAAAGCCAGAGAGGGCACUCGACUCGAAAGGAGACUCUCACCCAUAGGUGAGUCAUGCAGCCAUACACCGCCAGAAGUAGAGGCCACUGUGAUGAUAAAGCAGGCGUCGUCGUGCAGCACGCUCAACAGUUACAACAGUCGCAGUCCCUCGCCGCAUAACUACUGCGCUGCCACGCUCAAUCUUAACGAUCCUAGUGUAGAAUUAACAAAGAAGAAAUGCUGGUUAUCCCCAGACGGGGGCAUGUUAAACAACCGUCGCGGACGGUUCAUAGUCCUGGGCUCAUCGGGAGAGUGUCUACCCGUGACGCGUUCACCCAACAUCUUGGAGGACCAUCAAGAAGACAGUCUGUACUCAAGCUGUAAUUCUUCAGACACAGAGGAGUAUCACAGUGCGAAUGAGACAUAUGAUUACGGCAGCGAAGACGAAGGCCGAGGCGAAAGUGCGCGUCCCAAUUCAUUCCAGUACCUCAAAGAGCUGUCUACUGAAGAAAGACGGCUAAGCUUCGCGGACAGACUAAGAGAAGCGUUACGAAGAGAAGCAGAAAAUUCUACUUCUACCAGCACAGGGGACUGGUCUACAGACAGUUCAAGUUAUGCUGUAGGCAUCAGCAUAUCUGGAGCUGAGGUUCACGACAAUGAUAUUAGGGUUAAACGCGGUGGAUCUGUAGGCUUCGUGCUAACAGAAAAGGAGACCAUGAGCAACGGUAACCCUUCACCCAAGCACAGACCGCUUGACAGAAAUGAAACUGGCAACAGCUCCAAAUACAGCUUUAGUACAGAAUACACUUCGGAGCUCGAGGAAGUAUACGAACAGUUCAGCCAGUGGCUCAACGACCCAAUCGUCGACUCUGACUCUGGCGAACACAAGAACAGAGAAUUAGACUCUCGAGACUUGGCUGUGAUUAGGUUCGCGGGCUCUCUUCUAAAGCGUACUUUAAGCGAAUCUUUAGCAGUGGGUCCAGUCAGUGCCGGCGGUGGGGCAGACGCCGCGGAGCUGUACGGCCGGGAGCCCAGGAAUUUGCCCCACAAACCGUUGGCGCUCGCUGCGAGGUCUCUCUCACUGGAGCUGGCGAGACAUCGACACCGGCUCGCGGCACAUCUUAAACGUAAAGUAAAAGAAUCUAUACCAGAAGAGAUAAUAAAGGACAGUCAAGCGAGCACCCAGAGGAGUGACAAGAGCGAUGGGGGCGGAGGCAAGUUAACAGACACCCCCGACCCCAGCGCUAGGAGGAAAAAGUUGAACUGGGUGAUAAACAUGAUCGUAGAGACUAUUGAAGAGACUGUCGAAUGCGACCCGGUCACUGUCAAAAUAAAGAAUCCGAAGCUAACGCAGCUUGCACAAAAGAUUACAUCGGGUGGGUCGUGCCGGCCCGUGGCGACGGGCAACUGGGGCUGUGGCAGGAGACUGCGUGGUCAUCCGCAGUUGAAGCUAUUACUGCAAUGGCUGGCUGCUAGCGUCGCUGGUGUUCCAGCACUUAUCUACUAUACGUUCGGAAAUGAGAAACUCUUUAAGCUGGACACACUAGUUCGAGUGCUGGUGGAUAGAAAAUGGACAGUAGGUCAGUUAACGCGCGCAGUGCUAAAAUUUGCGAGCCAACUUCUCCACGAACCGCACGUGAUACCCGACAACCAUUCACUCUUCGACGAGUUGAUAGGUAUCGAGAAGAUACCGGACGACACAUAG